AUGAGCGAAUCGUUGCCGGACAGUGUGGAUGUGGUGGUGUUAGGCACUGGCUUAACGGAAUCCAUAGUCGCAGCGGCAUGUUCCCGCACCGGUCUCAGUGUGUUGCAUCUGGACAGGAACAAAUUCUACGGUGGUAACUGGGCUUCGUUCAACCUGGCAACGAUUACUGACUGGGUUGAGGAACAGCAGAAAAAUCCAGCAGAUGAGGUCGACGUUUCGAAAUAUCAUAACAAACUUGAAGACGGUGAAUCCUUGAUGGCGCUAGGCACUCGUAAAACUGUGCGCAAUGUAGAACAACAGUGGCUUCCGGCUAGCGAAUCGUUAAUGACAACAGAUAAAGGUGACAACGCUGAACAGAAGACGAUUCGCGAAGUUAUGGAAACCGAAUGGAGACGUUUCAGUAUUGAUCUAGUGCCGAAGGUUCUCUUAGCCCGUGGUUCUAUGGUGCAAACCCUUUGUGAUUCUGAGGUAGCCAAGUAUGCAGAAUUCAAAUGCGUGGAUCGAUUUCUAUGCCUUCGUGACGAAAACGAACCGAAAUUGUCCUAUAGUCGUGUUCCGUGCAAUAAAGGCGACAUAUUCCAAGAUGAUACUCUUAGCAUGGUCGAUAAACGACGAUUAAUGAAAUUUAUGACAUUUUGUCUCGAGUGGAAUACCAAGGCGGAAGAAAUGGAGGGGUGGAAAGAAUACCAAGACUACCCAUUUGAGAAGCUCCUGGAGUCUCAGGAGAUAACGGGAGAACUUCGUAACUACAUCGCAGAUGCUAUUGGAAUACUGCAUCCAAACGCCACCACUCAGGAUGGUCUAACGGCCGUUUGUCGUUUUAUGGACUCAGUGGGACGUUUUGGCCCAUCACCUUUUCUCACUUCUUUGUAUGGAAGUGGAGAAAUUCCCCAAUGCUUCUGCAGAUUAUGCGCAGUUUUCGGGGGACUGUACUGUCUCGGGCGGCCGGUAGAGGCACUAAUUCAGAAGAAUGGCAGGGUCGUUGGGGUGAUUGCGGAUGGCCAUCGAAUUAACUGUGCUCACUUGGUCAUGUCAUCGGAAUACGUACCGUCUACUGUGCCAUCGCAAGGUGAAGCAAAAUGGGUCGAUAGAGCUGUAUAUAUCACGAACAAAUCAAUAUGGACAGAUGAAAAAGAACAUGUCACUUUAUUAAAUUUGUUCCAACUGGACCCUCCAUCGGCUUUACGCCUCAUCGAAGAAGGAUUUGAAGUAUGCACAGCUCCAAAAGGAUUCUACCGUCCAUCUCCUUGUUGGAGCCUUCGUUUCGAAGUUCUCACUACUGCAUCUCUUGAAUUGCCGAUGGAGAACGCCUUUUGCGUAUCAGGACCCGAUCAUGCAUUAGACUACUCGAGUUCAAUUGACGAGGCACAGCGAGUGUUUUCGAUGUUCUGGCCAGAUCGCGACUUUUUGCCUCGCUCAUUGCCGAGACCCGAAGAAGAGGAGGAGGUGAUUGAAGAAAAAGCAGUUGGACAAGUCGCUUAA